GAUACUGGAAGUUUAUAGCGAAUUUACGUGGCAGCGAGGGCUUAACGUUUGAAACCAAUACAUGAAUUGGUUAAUAUGCCUGUCAUAUAUUUUGUCUAUUCUGGUUGUUUGGGCUAAUAUUUCCGUGAGCAUCGAGGAAUCCGCCCCUGGUCUUGUGGCUCUCCAAACUAUCGCCGCUAGUUUCUCCGGGAACAGAGGCGGGUAAAACGUAAACACUUCACUUGCAGAAAUUAUGUCACUGUUAUUGACUUUUAUACGGUGAAUUAUCCUUUACUUUCCCCUCCGUUUUAUUGUAGACCUGCUGCUUAUAUUUAGGAGACUUUUGGAGGAAAUAGCGCGCCGCUUAACUAUUUACCAAACUCGCUCGCUCGCUAGCUAGCUAGCAUGGUAACGUCCAAUCUACCGUUAUAAUAGACACACCAGCACUGGACCCUGAUGUGAUCCACGACCAACUUCCGGAAAGAGCCAAUGGAGGACUACGAAACUUUUGUGCGGAAUUGUUUGUCACAUCUGCGGAACAAAGAGGAGGAACUGAAAACGCCCUCCUCCUCUUCUGCCAUUCGCUUCUAUGGCGCGCCCAUCCUGCCCCCAUUGCUCACAGACACACAGAGAGAGGAAAUGCAGAAGCACAGAGAAGCAGCGCAAAAAGAUGCUGUCACCCGAAGGUUGAAGGGCAAUGGAAGACUGGCAUAUGUGCAAACAAUUCUACACAGUGUUCAGAUGAUGAAUUCACCAACAUUGGAGGUCUUACUUCAGGAAUUGAAAGUUGCCCCAAAGUCUUUGGAUUCCUCUAACUCCAGUGAAUCUAGUCAGCGAAGUAUAAAUACUGUGGCAGAAAUGAAUAGUCCCCUCGUUAGUCCAUUGUCCAUCAACAUCAAAUAGUGCCUUUUUCAGCUCUCAUGUGAUGCCUCAACCAACUCACAAGGGAGGGUGCCAUGUUGAGCAUCAUGAAAACCAACAUCCCUCUCAACCAAGCUCCUUUAAUAGUGCGAAUCCCUGCUCUGUAUCCUUUGGCGAUGUGACUCAUGCCAUUAUAGAAAACACCACCGGUCUUUCAGGAAGUCUUGAUAUAAGGAGUGUUAGCCAUUGCCCACAAGGAACUAAUAAUACAACUGACUUUUUCCUUCCCAAGACCUCAAAGACAAUGGCCAAAAUGUCAGAUAUCAUUAGCUACCCUCCCAUAGAUGGAGAGGAAUUGGAGAGAAGUGGACAAGAGUCAUCCUUUUCUCAUGAUUUUCUCGCAAAGAGUGACAGUAGUUGUUCCGUAGUUCCGGAGGAUUCAAUCAGAAGUGAUAAUUUUCCUGAAUACCAAAGUGAAAAUGGUCAAAUGGACAUUGCUGAGAGUCAAGAUAAUAUUCCCCCCUCUGCUGUACUUAGCAUGAAGGAACGCCCCAAAAUUAGGCAUGUGGUGGUCCCCGUCCCCUUUUUGGACAGCUGUAGCUCUUCAAACAUUCUUGAGCUACCUCAAACACCAAGCAUUGAUUGUUUUUGUGCUGAUCAGCUUAUUCAAAGCAAUCGAGGAAAUACCGAAUCUAUGAACACGCAAAGACCCCAAACACAAUCAAAGUCUCCCAAUCGGCCAAGCCUCCAGGACCUGCUGAGAAAAUCUCAGGAGUAUCGCCGGCAACAGCGCUUGCUUAGGAACCAAGCCAAAAAUGCUAGAAUCCAGGAGCGAGCACAAGAACAACCAAGAGUGGAGGAGAAGAGCCUCUCUGAUAAGGAGAACAAUGAAUUUCACGAUAAAAGUAAAGAGGGGAUAAAAACUAAACAGAAGAGCUUUUUCAAAACAAUUAAUACUACCUGCCAAAAAUCUGAUAAAAACAAACUAGUGUUUCUGGAUGAGUUGGUCAGCAAAAAGGCAAACCAUGAUUCUGAAAGAGUAUCUGACCAAAUCACCCUUCCUUACCAACAGCCGUUGUCGCAAUUACAAACUCAAGAAGUCUAUCACCUGACCAGUGAUCAGACAACCACAGACCCAUUUACUUCUGUGGAAGGGCGUGGAAUCUUUCACUCUAUCCCAGUGCCUAAUUUCUGCCAGAGUCCUGUUUACAGUAAGGGCUCCAGUAGUUUACCCGAUGGAGCAGAUAACCUCAGGGGGACCGUUCUGCUUAGUUCAAGCCCGAAUGAAAGCCACAAGGCUGAUGAAAAACAUAACAUUGGACUGCAAAGUGAUGCACCAAGCGCAAUAGUCAAGAGUUCACAGCACAUUAACCAGCUAGAAUCCUGCCUCUCCAACUUAAAAGAACUGAUCUCUGAUCUAGGGUCAUCACUUGUUCAACUUGAAGGAAAAUGGGAGGAUAGGCCUGAUGAGGGCAAUGUCGUAAAGCAAUACCAAAGGAACAAUGAGGGUACAAAAGGACAAUCACUUGAGUCUUGCAGAAGCAUGCUCGGAAACACAGACGAACUAAACAACAGCAGAAAAGACAAUUUUCUGUCAAUCCUGCAGGAUAAAGGAAAAGAAGGUGAAAUCAGAAAAGCUCAGUCUGAUCAACACCUUUACCGUUCAGGGCAUAAUCAAUGACAAAGCAUUCAACAUGAGUUCUGGACAGCUCGAUGAAAGCAGAAAGCAACAGCCACCACCUGAAUGUGUGCUCUCUGUAUCACAGUGGAUUCCAAUUCCUGAUGUUUUCAGAAAUGUUCUAUCAGAACCCACAGUUCCUCACGAUGUUCCAGUACUGUUGGACAGCAGUUCACAUCAUACAGAAAGAAACAAUGAAUUGGCUGAGGAUGGUCAUAACUCCACUAACAUGCUCUCUGUCAACCAGUCCUUUAAUGUGGACAUGCCGUCUGAGGUGCAGCAUCUUGAGGGUUCAGGAUCUGAGCAGGACUCAAGCAACCAGUUGGUUCAAGGGAAGGGACUGACCCCCGUGAGUGUGGCAGGUAUCGAGAGCAUGUCAUCCAAGAAGGUCAAACGAAGACUCCUCAUGCAUGUGACAGAUAAUUAUCCUGAUAGGACUUCAGCACCCUGCAGUGAGGACCUGGCAGCGCUCAUCCCCAGCUACAGUACUUCCAGAGGGAGUGACAGUCUUGUGGAGGAACUGAAACAGGUCCAUGCUGCUCAGGUCAGAGCCCUGCAAGAACAGCACAGGAAACAGCAGGAAGAACUGUGUCAGGCACUCACAGUGCGUUACUGCUUGCUCCAGAGCUCGUCCUUCCCGUGCUCUCUGUCAGGCUCUCAUCUUGGGGACACUGUGACAUUCUCAAAGCUCUCUCAGCCCCUCAGCUCUCACCUAGAGCACUGCCGCCCCCUGCUGUUAGCUGCUGUCAAAGGCUACCUGACACGCAGACUGCUCAGGACUGCGAGAGUGGCACAGCUAGUGGGCACCAUCAGGGAGACACAAAAAUUCAUGCAGGCUUUGCAGCUGCCUAGUCCCAGAGGUGAAAUCUGUAGCCAAAAUGAUCGUAUAUUCCUGCAGCAAGUCUCUCGGCAGCUGCGAGCGUCGCGUUACGAGAUUUACGACAUCUUCUUCUGCUUGUCAGUGGCUGAAAGGAUGCAGCUGAUUAAUUUGGACAGAGAGCAGGCAAGGAAGAGAGUGCUCAGACGACAGAUGGGCCACACAAACUGUCCAAAAGGAAAGAGUUUUUUGUCUGCUGGAACACAAAAGUCUCUACAGACUAAAAGAGGCAUCUUGAUCCAGAAAAAGGUGUCAGAAAGACGCACAGGAGUUGUGACGACUAAACACAAGACAGGAUUUACUAGUGAGCAGCCGCUCGAAACCAAGCGUGGCCAGUCGAGAACAAAGCCUGCAGCGAUUUCUCAGAGAUGGUACUCCAGCAGACCCCGAUGACACUUGUUCAUUUGGCCCCACUAAAAACUUUUUUAUCUACAUUUACCAAAGUUGGGCUCGCUUUGAACUACUGUAGUGUCUGAUUUCCCGUAUAAAUUACAGAACUGGUUUCUGGUGGCCUGCAAAUUGACAGUUUUGUGUGGGGAUCAAUAAAUAUAAACAUCAUAGCUAUGCCAGUCACUAUUUGCUCUCGUGAAAUAACUUAUGAAGCAGUUUAUUUUUUAUUUUUUUUUCGGUCGUUUGUUUAUAUGUGCCCUGCGAUUGGCUGGCAACUGGUUCAGGGCGUACCCCACCUCCUGCCCGAUGAUAGCUGGGAUUGGCUCCAGAACUCCCGCGACCCUAGUGAGGAUAAGGGGCUCAAGAAAUGGAUGGAUGGAUGGAUGGUCGGUCGCCCAGUGUUUCCUCAUUUCAAGAUGGAAAGUACAGGCACUACAGAAUUAUUGUCUUUGAAGAAUCUGAGCAACUGACUGAUUCAGUGAUACGUUACAGUAUUUCGAGGCCCUUGUUUGGACUUUCGUACCUAAAUAUGUAAAUCCACUCUCCCCAAGUGUUGCCUUAAUUAUCUGGCCUGUUAUUGGUUUGCUUUAUAUAUCUACCUAAAAUGCCUCUCGUUUUUUUUAAUCCAGAGUUAAGUUUGUGUAUUUAUAUUUGUAGGUAUGUUAUGUAUUAUUAGUUCGAUAAUAAACAUUUUCACAUAAUUAUCUGUGAGUACUGUGACAUGUACAGUUUGUUUUGGACAUACUUGGCAAAAUAAAGAUGAUUCUGAUGAGGUCAAAGGAACUGCCUGAUGAGCUCAGAGACAGAAUUGUGGCAAGGCACAGAUCUGGCCAAGGUUACAAAAAAAUUAAAUUCUGCUGCACCUAAGGUUCCCAAGAGCACAGUGUCCUCCAUAAUCCUUAAAUGGAAGACGCUUGGGACGACCAGAACCCUUCCUAGAGCUGGCCAUCCGGCCAAACUGAUUAAUCGGGGUAGAAGAGUCUUGUUGAGAGAAGUAAAGAAGAACCCAAAGAUGACUGUGGCUGAGCUCCAGAGAUGCAGUCGGGAGAUGGGAGAAAGUUCUAGAAAGUCACCCAUCACUGCAGCCCUCCACCAGUCGGGGCUUUAUGACAAAGUGGCCUGAUGGAAGCCUCUCCUCAGCGCAAGACACAUGAAAGCCUGCAUAGAGUUUGCUAAAAAACACCUGAAGGACUCCAAGAUGGUGAGAAAUAAGAUUCUGUGGUCUGAUGAGACCAAUGGCAGAGGAUCCCCAAAAGCAGGUGUGAAAAACUUGCAUGGCUGUAUUAGCUCAAAAGGGUGCUUCUACUCAAUACUUAUAGCUGUGUGAUCAGAAUCAGAAUCAUCUUUAUUUGCCAAGUAUGUCCAAAACACAAGGAAUUUGUCUCCGGUAGUUGGAGCCGCUCUAGUACAACAGACAGUCAAUUUACAGAAAACUUU